AAAAUGAGAGUCAUCUCGGAGUUGGUUACUAAUCAAAGCUUAUUGUACUAAGGAAAAAAAAAGUAUGACACGCUUUCCACGUUUACGUGUCAGGCCGGUAGAGGAGGAGAGACCAGAAAGAAGAGAAGCGACGGUGAUAGACCAUGAAGGACGGAGGAGUGUCACUGGAUUAGUGUUUGCAUUUCUUUAUCCCACCGCCUCCCACAGAAAACAAACUCACAAGAUUACACUCUACGCAUGCCUUGAAGCUCCGCACCCAAAUAAAAUGUUUUUGCUUUCUCGGCUUUAUAAUAUGAUUAUCUAUCCAUCUCUAUCUCUCUCUCUCUCUGUCUCUCUCUCAUCUCUCUUGUCGCUUUUUCUUCCUCUGCAAACAUUCGUCUCUUUCUCUCGUUUCUUCAGGCUAACCUAAUCACAAAUCACAAUCCUUUUCCUUUUAACUUUCAUUUCCUUUCGAGUCUUUGUAUAAUCACUUUGCUUGCUUAAUCAUAUAUCUGCAUGUAGCAUUGCCGCGGUGAUGGAACUCUGGACAUGCACGUUAAAUUGAGAUUGAGCUAGCGGAGAAGAAAGAAAGUUGAUACGGAGAGUGGGUGAAUUUUGAAUUUCUGAAUUUUUAGUGGUGCAUAAUAUUGUGAAUUAAUUGUUUAUAGUAGUGCUAGUGUAAGGAGGAGCCAUGUCCAUACCUAAGGAGUUGGAGCAGGUGAUGAAGCUUAGAGGUGGAUCAGUUCUGGGAAAGAAGACCAUUCUAAAGAGCGACCAUUUCCCUGGCUGUCAAAACAAGCGACUUACUCCUCAGAUCGAUGGCGCUCCCAAUUACCGUCAGGCUGAUUCAUUGCCUGUACAUGGUGUUGCAAUUCCAACAAUUGAGGGAAUUUGUAAUGUUCUUAAGCAUAUUGGGGCCCAAAAAGAUGGGAGUCGGGUACACGUUCUUUGGUUUAACCUUCGUGAGGAACCAGUGGUGUACAUUAAUGGACGUCCUUUUGUCUUGCGUGAUGUGGAAAGACCCUUCUCCAAUCUUGAGUAUACGGGAAUCAACAGGUCUAGGGUUGAGCAAAUGGAGGCUCGAUUAAAAGAAGAUAUCCUGAUGGAAGCUGUGAGAUAUGGAAACAAAAUACUUGUCACAGAUGAACUGCCAGAUGGUCAGAUGGUGGACCAGUGGGAACCAGUGUCACAUGAUUCUGUGAAAACACCACUAGAGGCGAAUGAGGAACUGCAAUUAAAGGGGUUCCUUUUUGACUAUGAACGUGUUCCUAUAACUGAUGAAAAAUCACCAGGGGAGCGGGAUUUUGAUAUCUUAGUUGAUAAAAUUUAUAGAGCAAACUUGAAUAAAGAAAUCAUAUUUAAUUGUCAAAUGGGACGUGGACGAACUACAACUGGGAUGGUAAUAGCAACUUUGGUUUACCUCAAGCGAAUUGGAGCAUCUGGUAUUCCAAGAGCCAAUUCAAUAGGGAGAGUUUUUGACACUGGUUCUUCUGUCAGCGACAAUUUGCCAAACUCCGAGGAGGCAAUUCGUAGAGGAGAAUAUGCAGUCAUAAGAAGCUUGACCAGGGUUCUAGAGGGUGGUGUUGAAGGUAAAAGACAAGUGGAUAAAGUCAUUGAUAAGUGUGCGUCCAUGCAGAACUUGCGUGAAGCAAUUGCCAAUUAUCGCAAUAGCAUUCUUCGUCAACCAGAUGAAAUGAAGAGAGAGGCUUCACUUUCUUUUUUUGUGGAAUACUUGGAAAGAUACUACUUUCUCAUAUGCUUUGCUGUAUAUAUUCACUCAGAGAGAGAUGCCCUCCGUUCUAGUUCUUUUGGGCAUAGCAGUUUUGCUGACUGGAUGAGAGCACGACCAGAGCUGUAUAGCAUAAUUCGUAGGUUGCUCAGGAGAGAUCCAAUGGGUGCACUUGGUUAUGCAAGUUUGAAGCCGUCUCUGAUGAAGAUUGCUGAAUCUGCUGAUGGCCGUCCUCAUGAGAUGGGAGUUGUUGCUGCUUUAAGAAAUGGGGAGGUUUUAGGAAGUCAAACUGUUCUAAAAAGUGACCAUUGUCCUGGUUGUCAAAACCCAAUUUUACCGGAGAGAGUGGAGGGUGCACCUAAUUUCAGAGAAGUUCCUGGAUUUCCUGUUUAUGGAGUUGCAAAUCCAACUAUAGAUGGUAUUCUCUCUGUAAUUCGAAGGAUUGGAAACCGCAAAGGUGGUCGCUCUAUUUUUUGGCACAAUAUGAGAGAAGAACCUGUUAUCUACAUCAAUGGAAAGCCAUUUGUGCUCCGUGAGGUUGAAAGACCAUAUAAAAACAUGCUGGAGUACACGGGAAUUGAUUGUGAGAGAGUGGAGAGAAUGGAAGCUCGAUUAAAGGAGGAUAUCUUACGAGAAGCUGAAAGCUAUGCAGGUGCUAUAAUGGUCAUUCAUGAAACAGAUGAUGGGCAAAUUUUUGAUGCGUGGGAGCAUGUGAAUCCUGAUUCUGUUAUGACCCCACUUGAGGUCUUCAAAUGCCUAGAGGCUGAUGGGUUUCCCAUUGAGUAUGCACGAGUGCCGAUCACUGAUGGUAAAGCUCCCAAAAGUUCUGACUUCGACACAUUGGCAGCAAAUAUUGCUUCUGCUUCCAAGGAUACUGCUUUUGUUUUCAAUUGCCAGAUGGGGAGGGGAAGAACAACCACUGGCACUGUAAUUGCUUGCCUUCUGAAGCAUAGGAUUGAUUAUGGGCGGCCAAUUAGAGUCCUAGUUGAUGAUAUGACCCGUGAAGAGGUGGAUAGUGGCAGCUCUAGUGGUGAAGGAACUGGAGGCAAUGCUGCUGCAUCCCCCUCCAGUAUUAUCAUAGUAAGAACUGGAACAAAGGAAAGUCGUGCUUUUGGCAUUGAUGAUAUCCUACUGUUGUGGAAGAUAACAAGAUUAUUUGAGAAUGGGGUGGAAUGCCGAGAAGCCUUAGAUGCUGUCAUUGAUAGAUGCUCUGCAUUACAGAACCUACGCCAAGCUGUUCUGCACUACAGAAAUGUUGUCAAUCAACAACAUGUUGAGCCGAGGGUGAGGAGAGUAGCAUUGAGCCGUGGUGCUGAAUAUCUGGAGCGGUACUUUCAUUUAAUUGCUUUUGCAGCCUAUCUUGGAAGUGAAGCAUUUGAUGGAUUUUGUGGGCAAGGAGAAUUGAGGAUGACAUUUAAGAGUUGGUUGCAUCAAAGGCCUGAGGUCCAAGCAAUGAAAUGGAGCAUAAGACUAAGACCUGGGCGGUUUUUCACUAUCCCUGAGGAGUUGAGAGCAGCGCAGGAAUCUCAGCAUGGAGAUGCAGUGAUGGAGGCCACUAUCAAGGCCCGUAAUGGUUCAGUUCUAGGAGCAGGUUCUAUACUUAAAAUGUAUUUCUUUCCUGGUCAAAGGACUUCCAGUCAUAUACAAAUUCAUGGAGCACCUCAUGUUUACAAGGUGGACGGAUACCCUGUGUAUAGCAUGGCAACUCCAACAAUUGCUGGUGCUAAAGAGAUGCUAGCAUAUUUGGGUGCCAGGCCCAAGUUAGAAGAAUCAUAUUCUCAUAAAGUGAUAUUGACCGAUCUUAGAGAAGAAGCAAUUGUUUACAUUAAUAGCACGCCAUUUGUCCUUAGGGAGUUGCAUAAACCUGUUGAUACACUCAAGCAUGUUGGAAUUACUGGUCCUGUGGUGGAACAUAUGGAGGCACGACUAAAAGAAGAUAUAGUAUCUGUGGUGAGACAAUCUGGAGGUAGAAUGCUUUUACAUCGUGAAGAAUAUAACCCAGCAACAAAUCAGUCCAGUGUCAUAGGAUAUUGGGAAAACAUCUUUGCAGAUGAUGUGAAGACACCAGCUGAAGUGUAUGCUUCUCUAAAAGAUGAGGGUUAUGAUAUAACAUAUGGCAGGAUACCAUUAACUAGAGAGAGGGAGGCUUUAGCUUCUGAUGUUGAUGCAAUCCAGUAUUGCAAAGAUGAGUGUGGAGGGAGUUACCUUUUUGUUUCACACACGGGGUUUGGUGGCGUAGCUUAUGCAAUGGCAAUUAUUUGUAUUAGACUAGGUGCAGAAGCAAACUUCACAGCAAAGAUUCCACAAACGUUGGUUGGUACAGAGUCAUUUUCUGUGCAUGAAGUGAACUUACCUUCUCAAUCCUGUGAUGAAGAGACACUCAAGAUGGGCGAUUACCAUGACAUACUAAGUCUUACAAGAGUUCUCAUGUAUGGUCCAAAGAGCAAAGCAGAUGUUGACAUUAUUAUUGACAAGUGUGCCGGUGCUGGGAAUUUACGUGAUGAUAUUCUAUAUUACAGCAAGGAACUCAGAAAGUAUCCCGAUGAUGAUGAUGAGCAACGUGCAUACAUCAUGGAUAUGGGCAUUAAAGCUUUAAGGCGGUACUUCUUUCUCAUAACAUUCAGAUCUUAUCUUUAUUGUGCUAAACCAACUGAAACAAGAUUCACAGCUUGGAUGGAUGCAAGACCUGAACUAGGACAUCUUUGUAAUAACCUCAGGAUUGAUAAAUAAUUUCGGGUGUACAGCAAUCUUCAAUUGUAUCUGUACAGUUAGUCAUGCUUGUUGGUUGUUGUAGCUUCUCCAUUAAUAACCUCUCUUACUCUUUGCUCUUCCUCUUGGUUGAUAGAUGUGCUCAACUGGUGCAUCACUCAAAAAUCAAUAAAACUCGUCACUGGGUUCGUCUCAA